GAGUUUGGACACUGGUCAAGGACGCCACGUAAAUCAUCCGCUCCGCAAAAUAAUUAAAAUCUCGCGGUAAAAGUGUUCUCCGAAUCAAAUUUUAGUGAAAUCUGUGAUUAUAACACUACAGUGAACAGAGUGCAUAAGUUUUUAACGAAGAUUCUGUAGUUUCUUAAUAGUAAACAACAAAACAAUAUUUCAAACAUUCACUUAAAAAAAGUUUGUUGUGACCGACGACGACAGUGCGUUAAAACGCGUAAGCGACACAAUAUCCACGGCGCUUACGACGUUCUUUCCGCGACCUACCGCGGCCGCCGGCCGGCGACGAAUUCCGGGAAUUGGACAAUCCUGCGCGCGCACAAACUGCGCUUACGAGUGAAUUAUUUUAUUUAGCUAUCUUUGUUUACACUACCUAUUAUAAAUUAUGGCAAAUAACUGUGCAAGCUGCAAUAAGCCCGUUAAAGCUACACACGCCAAAUGUACUCAAUGCGAACUUGUGUACCAUUACGUCUGUGUAAACCUAUCCAAUACUUCCAAACAGCUGGCUAGAGACUGGCUAUGCCCACUAUGUCAACCAACAGUGCUAAAUAUCACUCGAUCACCUGGACCAGCAUUAUCACCACUGUCAACCACCACGCAGUCUUCUGAUUCUGAAGUCCUGCGCAGCCUAGCUUCCGAAAUGAAAUUGCUUCGUGGCGAUGUGAGCGAUCUAAAGCAACAUAUUAACGACGUAUCCGAGCACCUCAAAAGGUGCUACACUCGACUUGACGAAUAUGAUACACGAAUCAAGACACUUGAAAAGCGGGAGGAAGAAAUUAUUUGCCUAAACAACACAAUUAGUAAUCUACGCGAACAACUAAACACACACACACAAGCUUCUAUACAAAAUGAAAUAGAAAUCUCGGGAAUUAACGAAUAUAAAAAUGAAAACCCGAUGCAUACCGUACGCGUAAUUGCACACAAAAUUGGAAUCUCCAUCGAUGACCAAGACAUUGACUAUGUGAGCAGAGCAGGGCCACGACGGCAGCAAGUGUCAAACACCACCGAUAAUUUACCCCGGAACCUAAUAGUUCGCUUUGUACGCCGACAUCAGCGUGACAACUUCUUGAAAGCUGCAAAAACCAGAAGUCCUCUGCAUUCAACUGAUAUAGAGAUACCCGGAGCCAACAGACAAGUGUAUAUCAACGAACGUCUCACUCCCGGGAACAGGCAGUUAUUUCGUGCGGCUAGACUGGCUGCGAAGGAACACGGGUAUAGAUACUGCUGGUGCAGGAACGGAGCAAUCCUUAUCCGAAAACAAGAAGGGAACCCGCCGAUCCGUAUACGGAACUCUGAUGACCUGGACCGCUACUUGGGACCAUCCACCGCGUCUCCGGCAUCUACAACCCCAGCGGACUAAGGACAGAACUGAAUAUUGUAAUGAUCUCACAAAGCACAAUUCUUACUUUAUCCUUUUUUAUAAUUUUGUUACUUUGUCUCUUAAUUUUAUUCACUUAGUAUUAAGCAUUACAAAACAUAAGAACAACUUGAUAUUAUGUACAUCAGACACUAUAGUCACUUAUAGACUUAAGUUCCCAAACACAGCACUUAUUACCACAAUACGCGACACACUAAACGACUUAUUACAUUUUGCAUCAACUCAUACACACAUUCUCUCAAAGUCAACAUUUAGUAACGUCGUCUAUAAGACGUUUUUACUACACGUAAUAAUAUACACAUGCUUACUACACACACUUUUAUCACACACUACAUUAACUCACAUAAUUAUUCACAACACCUGCUUAUUACACACCGAAAUAAAUCACAGAACUACUGUCUCAAUCCGCACACUUCUCAACGCACGUCUAGUACACACAAUAACAACUAUUACAUACAAUACUCAUCUGCGUCCUGCGAUCCACACCACUGACAGACCUAUAAUAACUCAAUUAAACCCAAGUAGUACAUGUCUAGUUUCCUUACACCCUAUAAUAAUCAUAGUAAUAGUGACAAGAAUAAUGAGAACUAACAACACAAUUUUCUUAAACUGCAUAAAUGGCUGUAUUUGACGUUAUACAAGACAUAGACUCUAACGUAAAUAUAACUUGUCAUAAAUGUGACUCAUUGGAAGACUGUAGGAAACUUAUACCUAAUAAUAACCAAAACCUCAAAAUACUGACAUUUAACAUAAGGAGUUAUAAUCGCAACUUUGAUGAAUUUUGUUUAGCUUUGAAUCGACUUGACUCUGACAUAGAUGUCAUUGUUCUGACGGAAUGUUGGCUUAGGGAAGGUUCAAUAUUAGAACCACUGCCGGGCUACGCAAUGUAUCGCUCUCACUCGCAACUAAAUAAAAACGGAGGCGUCAUAAUUUAUACUAAAACAAAUAGAAACGUAAAAGUAUUUGACUCAGUGAUCCUAGAAUCGGACAGCAUAAUAGUCAUCUUGGACAACAAAAUAGCCGUCAUAGGAAUAUAUAGAUCUCCAUCUACUCCAAAUGUAACUAACUUCUUAACAUCACUAGACUCCACUUUGUCACAACUAAAACAAUACCAAACAAUUACACUUGCUGGAGAUUUAAAUAUAGACAUAAUAAAUGCAACCAAUCCAAAUAGCUCGGAAUACCUCUGUUUAAUGGCUUCACACUCUCUUCUACCUGCAAUAACAGCUCAAACAAGAACAGACACUUGCCUCGAUCACAUAUUCAUAAAAUCUAAAUAUAACUCCAUGGGGAUAGUCGCAAAAUGCUCAAUUACAGACCACGAUAUUGCUUUGGCAGUCCUCUCACAAGCAAAUAGAGACAGAAACCUAUACACGAAACACAGAUUAGUUACCAAAACAGACGAUAACGCCAUCAAUGAAGAAUUGUCACAAACGGAUUGGUGUGACAUACUUAAAUCAAACUGUCCUGACAAAGCUGCAAAUACGCUCACUACUAUCAUCACUAGCAUAAUAAAUAAACACACACACAAAGUUAAAGUAAGCAAAAGCCGAUUCACACUCAAACCGUGGGUCACACCAGGACUUCUACGAUGUAUAAAGCAUCGUGACAAACUUCACCAAAUCACGAAGUCUGACCCAGAAGACGAUUUAAAAAAACUAAUUUAUACCCGAUACAGAAACUUUUGCAACGGCCUCUUACACAAAUUAAAAACUGAAUACAAUAGUCAACUGAUAAACAAAAACCAAAAAGAUCCGAAAAAAUUAUGGAACACUUUGAAAUCAAUUUAUAGCCCUGAUAAAAAUAAAACAAAAACUGGUGAUCAAUUAAUUCUAAACGCGGUGGAUCCUGUCCGCUCACUUGAUAACUGUAACGCUUACUUCACCAAUGUAGGAACAAAACUAUCCGACAGCAUACUAACACGUAUCUCUGAAACACAAGAAUCUCUAACCAGAAAAUAUAAAACGUCACACUCAUACUCUUUCUCUCAAAACUCUUUUUUCCUUCACCCAACAGAUGAAGAAGAAGUAUUUAAAUUCAUGUACCAACUUAAAAUUGACAGUGCACCAGGUAUAGAUGGUAUAACUACAAAGUUCCUCCUUAAACACAAGAAUUCAAUCCUCACUCCACUCACUCAUAUCUUUAAUCUUAGUCUGCAGACUGGGACUUUUCCGGAGUGCUGGAAAAUUGCAUCUGUCAGACCAAUACACAAAAACGGACCAGAAGAUACUCCCGAAAACUAUCGCCCCAUUGCUCUCUUACCCAUAAUGUCUAAAAUUCUUGAAAAAAUAGUAAACAACCGCCUAGUGAACUACUUUGAAAAACACAACUUAAACUCAGAUCGGCAAUUUGGUUUUCGGCGAGGGAAAUCAACAGUAGACGCAGCUACACUUCUAACAAAUUCAGUAGCCUCUUUCACUCAAGCUGGAGACCAAACUCUAGGGCUAUUCUUAGACCUGGCAAAGGCCUUCGACACCAUCUCAAUUAACCUCCUCCUGAAAAAAUUGGAAUGUGUAGGCAUACGAGGUGUUGCACUAGACUGGUUUACCAACUACCUAACAAACCGCAAGCAAAUGGUAACAGUAGGGGAAUAUUCAAGUGAAUUGCUUCCCAUUAGCUUCGGUAUCCCACAGGGUAGCAUACUAGGCCCAACCUUAUUUAGUUUCUAUAUGAACGAUAUUUUAAACACACAUAUACCUAACUCCAUAACUAUAUCAUAUGCCGAUGACACCGUUAUACUGUUUCACGACAAAUCUUGGGAGAAAGUAUACCAACUAGCAGAAGAAGGUUUACUAAUAAUUUCCGAAGCCCUAGACAGAAAUCUCUUGACACUGAACAUAAAAAAAACCAAAUACGUCACCUUCUACAAAACAGUGGCUUCCCGACCACCAAGACAACUAGCAAUAAAAUACCACACCUGCUACACACCCCUUCAACCACCUCCUUCACACUGCAACUGUACUACAAUAGAACACACACCUACUAUCCAAUAUCUCGGCAUCACGCUAGACGAAAACCUAUCAUUUAAAGCACACAUACAAUCACUCUCCAGCAAGGCUCGCAA